AUGACUUCGACGGCAGCGGAGGUGACACAGGUGCAGAGUCUCGCGGCCAUUCGUAACUUCAUCCGCGUGGCGGUUUCGUGUGUCACGUACUUGCGUGGCCUCUGCAGCGAUGAGUCGUACCAGCCGCGGCAGUUUCUCGGUUUGCAGCUAAAACAGCUGGUGCGGGCAUCACCUGAGGCAGACGCUAUCUCUCAGUGGAUGGAGGAAGGGGCGUUUGACGCGCUUAACAAGGGCUACUUGAAGGAGCUUGCCCUCUGCAUCUACACGCCAAACUGCGCGGAGCUACUGGAGAGCUACUGCUUCACUCUGUCCUACAGCCCAGACGGGAAACGCGCUGCCUUGACUUUCGAGAGCAACUCACAGAGAAAUGGGACGGGCAAGGCGCCUGUCGAUGUUGUCACAGGAGUGGUCAAUCGCAGAAAGCGGCGCACACGCCAAGAAGUGCAGCAGGCACUGGCAGGUAUUAUCACAAAACUAAUGGAGGUGGUGGAGGGGCUGCCACCGCUGCUCUGUGAGCGUGUGUUGGUAAUGCAACUGACGUACUACGAGGAUGUGACGCCUCCGUCGUACGAGCCCCCGUGCUUCUCCCCGGCCAAUGUCCACCUCGCGAACCUCCACCGACAGGAACAGAGGAAUAGCACCAACAUUGCUUCGCUUGAUACUGGUCACCAUGUGAUGUCGGUAACCAUUCGGCAUCGUUUCUUUGAUCGUCUCUUCUCGCAGUCGUCAUUCCUUAAGGGAAACUGUGCUCUGACGGCAUCGACUGCGGACACAACGGCAACAGGAACUGAUGAGGGAGCGGCAUCGAGAAACAAAGACAACACAGAUGCCGCCUACAGACGCAUGCCGACAAUAAAAGAGUUGGCACAACAAUGCUCUAGUGGUCAAACAGAGAAAAACUCUCAUCUUCACUCGGAGGACAUUACCUUUUUGAUCUUUGCCAGUUUCAUACUAACGAAAUCACCCGCUGUUCAUCGAGGACGCGUAUCGGUGGGUGAAAUAGAGGAUUAUCUUCGUGUCGCAUGCCCCAUGGAGGUUACGCUUGAGUCAGCGUUGCAAAUGAUGCGGCGACUCGAAGCGGAGGAUGUUGUCAUCCCCGAUGGCAAUCACGAGUGGCUCGUGUGCGCCCUUACUGCCACGACACUUGCACGCUCCCUUCUCACACAGCGGCAAGUUGUGCCAUUUCUCAGCGUGCAAAUCCGUCAAGAUUUGGAGCGUCUUGCCACAAGCACCGAUUCAACGCGGGUGAGUAUUGCAGGGAAGCGCAAGCGAUGUCGCAUUGGUACUUGA